AUGUUCCAAGACCACAAAAACGACGAAUUUGUUGGCAACAAAGCAUCCUCCGAGAACAACGACAUGGCCUCUCUAUCCAACAACUUCCUCCUUCUCACCAGCGAUUCGGCGGUAUCUGAAUCCACACGCUCGGCUCACGACACCCCAACACUGAGCGCUCAAGAGGCUAGGAUCUCUCAACUUGAAGCCUUGGUCUUAUCCAAAGACAAAGAACUAGAAUCCACACUUCAGCGAGUCAUAUCCGAAAGGGAGGAACUAGAAGCCCUACGUAAGAUGCAAGACGAUAUCGACCACGGAUUCGAGAUAUGCGCCACCACAAUCACAACACAACAGAAGGAGAUUUGUGAACAGAGACUUCUGAUAGAUAAGCUCCUAAGGAAAGUUUCCGACAAGAAUCAAGAGGUGGAGAGAAUGAGGAGGGAAAAGGUUCAAGCUGAUCGAUUUGUGGAGAUGCUUCAGGUUCUGAAUAUGGACAAGAGGUCUUCGGGUGGGAAGGACGAUUGCUUAGAAGCCGAUGGCUCAACGCAUAGCGGAUGA